AUGAGUCUUUCCUUUGUUUCCUCCGCCGUCCAAACGGGACGAUCCGAUGGAGGUUAUGACGAGGUUCAAAUUGAAAGCAAAGAAAAGGAGGCCGUCAACAAGCGGAACGAACACAAGCCACUCUUCGAACAAUUACGGAAAAACCAAGAAGAGGAAGAUGCCAAACAGGAAGAAAUGCAGUUGCAAAUGAUGAGAGGGACUUGUGCCUUGGACGAAGACGAUGUGGCUUAUUUGGAUUCCUUGGAGAAACGAAAAUUGGAAAAACAACGAGAAAUUCAGCAACAAACUCAAGAUGAAAUUGCUAUGUUUCGAGCAGCACGAGUGCAAAAACAGGAGUCUACCUUGGACGAUGACGAUGACGAUGACGACGACGACGAAAGUGAUGGAUCAAUAGUGCCACUAGAGAAAAAGAUGAAACCAGUGGAAGCUGAACCUUCCAAAGCAGCCGCCCCAGUAGUUAAGAAAGGACCCAUGAUUGUAAUCAAGAAAAGGAAACGAAAGGGUGCUACUGCUGAACCAACCAAUAAGCCCAAGGCUCUUGAAUCCAAACGGAAAGAGCAACCAGAGGAGAAAAAAGGAGAACCGAAGCAAGAGAAAGCCGAAAAGAGCAACCAAGGGGGUGGAUUGGGUGGACUUCUUGGGGGGUACGGUUCUUCUGAUGAUAACAGCGAUUAA